CGCCCCGCCUUUAAAGAGGAAGUUAAGUCAACGAUGAUCCAGACUCAAACAUUCAAGGUCCGCGUUACAUUAACUGUCAAGUUGAGAUGGAUUUGAGGUUAUUUUGUGUGCUGUUUAUCUGUAUUUCAUAUGUUAGUUCAUCAAAAUUACAUUAUGAUGCUCGUGUGAUGGUGAACAAAGAAGGUAUAACCAGGUUUUCUUUUGAAAACAAUAAUAUUAAUUUGGUGAAGCUCGUCAGAACCUCUGGUAACAAUAUCAUCUGGGUCGGAGGACCCAAGAUCCUCUAUUCCAUCAGCCCAACACAAGCCUCCAAACCCCAUCAGGUGAACGUGCCUCUAUGUCAGGAUGAAAGCAAAGAUUCAGACAAAUCUCAGCACUGCUCACACAGGAUCUCUGUGCUCAGAGAGGGCGUUGAUGGAAAUCUCCUGUUCAUCUGUAGAUCAUAUGAUGGAAAUACAGUGUGCUGUAACUUGAACUCCAGUUAUUCUUUGGACAAUUGCUUCACGUCAGACAAUUAUGUGUUAUAUAUUAAUGAGCCGUCAUUACUUGUUGGUAAUAUGCUGUACUUUACCAAGCCUGAUGAGGGGUUAUUCAGGAUAAACAACAACAAACAUGACAACAUUUGGUCUCAGCCAAGUCAAGCGGAGCAAACAUACCUGAAGCUGAUCGCUGGUAAAGGACAACACAAAGACAAAGUUUAUUCCUUCUUCGCAGAGAAACACAAAAGUAAAGACGAUGAAUCUGAGCGGUGGAUUCCACGAGUCUCUCAGAGCUGCACGAACGACAGAGGCGGAUCUAAGAGUCUGCUUCAGAGCAGCUGGACGUCCGUUAUUUACACCCGUCUGUUCUGUGGGAGAGGAAAUGAAUUCACUCAGAUGAUAGAUGUGGCCACAUUGGACACAGACGGCGACACCAAAAUUUAUGCGCUUUUCAGAAACUAUUGGAACAUGAGUGCUGUGUGCGUUUAUAACAUGACUGAAAUCAGCAGAAUCUUCACUUCAUCUGAAUUCAACUCCGACAAGGUUCCUGCCAAUCACCGGCCUGGAACGUGUGUGGAGGACAGUACUCGUCUAAGCAGUGAAGUGCUGGGGUUUAUGAAGGAGCGUCCAGAGAUGAAGGAUUGGGUGAUGCCAGAGAACGGCCCCCUGCUGUUCAGACACCGCCAUUACACUCAUAUACAGGUGGACCGGGUACAAGACCACACCGUCCUGCUUCUGUCUCUAGAAAGUGGAGGGGUUCAUAAAGUGCUGGAAGAGCCUGUUUUUGUGAUUGCGGAGUAUCUGCCGUUUCCACGAGGGACGCACAUCACCAGCAUGCUGCUGGACGCUUCGGAGAGGCGUCUGUAUGUGAGUUCCAGUAAUGAGGUCGUUCAGAUUGAUCUACAGAGGUGUCAUGUGUAUGGAGAUGAGUGCAUCGGAUGCAUAUUAUCUCGGGACCCCUACUGCGGUUGGGACCGUUUGCACUGCACCUCUAGAGCAAAAAACCCAGUCCAGGAUAUCAGAAACUGUGAGCCUGAAGCUGCACUGUCUAAGACUGGAAUCAGUGACAAGCCACCAGUGGAUCACAUCUCUCCAUCCUCUAAACACUUCCUUCUCUGUCCGGUGACGUCACGCCACGCCACAUACCACUGGUACCACGGUAAAACACGUGAGGAGUGUGUUCACUCUGAUCAGGGCUGUUUGUACCUCAUUGACAGCAUGAACGAAACUCAUGAAGGGGAAUACAUAUGCGUGUCUUCAGAGGAAGGCUUUCAGAGGACGGUCACGCAAUACAAGCUCAGCAUGAGUCGAUCAGAUGCGCUGCGUCUCACUCCUGCGCUGUUACUGCUGCUCACAGCCCUGCUGCUGACCUUUUGAAAGUAUUGCCUUGAAGUUCCCAGGUUUAAAAAAAAAUACACUUCCAUAAUGCACUUAAAGUGCUCUAUUUUUGUGCACUAAUUUUGUACUUAAUAUACUAAAAAAGAUUUUUUAGUACUUCUUAAGUGUACUCAUCUGUGCUAUUUUGGGACACCAUGAAUAUGAACUCAAAUGCACUUACUAUCUUUGUAUUUAAAAAAUAUAUUUAGCUACCACUUGUAGUACACUUGAGUGUACUAGUGAAUGAAAGAAGUACUAAAGAAUAAUUUUUAGUAUAUUAAGUACAAAAUUAGUGCACGAAAAUAGAGCACUUUAAGUAUAUUAUGGACGUGCACUUGUUUUUCACUUGAGUAGUACACUUGAACCCAUCUUUCAUACUCUAGUAUACUCAAGUGUACUACAAGUGGUGACUAAAUACAUUUUUUAAAUACAGAGACAGUAUGUUAAAAGCGUGUUUUAGUUCAUAUUCAUGGUGUCCCAAAAUAGCACACAAAAGUUCAUCUUAAGAAGUACUAAAGAAUAAUUUUUUGUAUAUUUUAAGUACAAAAUUAGUGUGCUUUCAGUACAUUAUGGAAGUGUACUUUUUUUUUUAACCUGGGUUAUCAUCAACACCCUAUUUAAUAAUAUUACCAAUUAUUGGCAGUUAAUAAUCAGUUACUGAUUAUUAUUGACAUAUAUAAUUAGUUAAAAGCUGAAAAUUGGUGUUGCGAGUGGUUUGAUGUUUAAUGAUGGUUUCAGAUGUUUUCAGAGUUUUUUCUAUAAUAACUUGCACUGAUGAAUCAUUCAUAGAUUGGGAACAUGAAUUUUGUGAGUAAAUGUGACCCUGGAGCACAAAACCAGUCAUAAGGGUCAGUUUUAUGAAAUGGAUUUUAAUACAUCAUCUGAAAGCUGAAUAAAUAACCUUUCCAUAGAUGUAUGGUUUGUUAGGAUCGGACAAUAUUUGGAAUCUGGAUUAUUUAAUAUUGUAAUUAAGCAAUAAUUAAAAUCUGGAAUCUGAGGGUGCAAAAAAAUCUAAAUAUUGAGAAAAUUGUCUUUAAAGUUGUCCAAAUUAAGUCAUUGGCAAUGCAUAUUACUAAUCAAAAAAUUAAGUUUUGAUAUAUAUAUAUAUGGUAGGAAAUUUACAAAAUAUCUUAAUAUCCUAAUGAUUUUUGGCAUAAAAGAAAAAUGUAUAAUUUUGACCCAUACAGUGUAUUGUUGACUAUUGCUACAAAUAUCCCCGUGCUACUUAUGACUGCUUUUGUGCUGCAGGGUCACAUAUAUGAUAAAUACCCCUGAUGUUUACUGUAAAUGUGCAAUAUAGAGCUUCCCAUAAAAGUCAGUUAGUCAGCAGUCAUAAGAGUAUAAAAACACGAGGUCGAUGUGGGAGAGAAUCAGUUUGGAUCAUUUUCAGAAUGUGAAGAGAUUAUAGAAUGUGUUUAUUGUUAUUUUCAUGAUCAGCAGUGUUUUUGUCAUGUGAUCAGUCAAACAUUUGGACACACACUCAAUUUAUGUUCCUCGUGAUCUCAAACAACCUCAGUCUAAACAGUUUAGCAGACAAAAAUAAAUCAGUAAAAAGAGGCUCUUCAUUUGUAUAACGUUUUGAUCACCGCAUUAUUCCCAGACUUAUAUUUGUGUCAUUUUAGAGAUUAUGGCCCGGUUUCAUAGACAGGGUUUAGCCUAAACCAGUAUUAGGCCAUAGUUCAAUUAAGACAUUUAAGUCAUUUUGACAAAUGUGCCGUAUAUAAAAACGUCACUGGUGUGCAUCUUGAGACAAAACAAAGGCACUGAUAUGUUUUAAGAUCAGUCAGUACAAGUUUCUUUCAGUUGAAACGGCUCAGAUUUACAUUUUAGUCUAGGACUAGUCUUAAGCCUUGUAUGAUUCUAACAUGAGGAAAUGAAUGAACUGACCUGUCUAAAUGUUUGACUGCUAUCGUAUGUAAUGAAUGUAAUGAAUAUUUCCAUGUGUAGUCUUGUGUGAUUGUUAUUUCCUAAGGACUUGUGUUAAAUUUAAUAAUUUAUAAUUUAGGAAUUUGAAAUGUAGGUAGAAACUGGUAGAACAUUUAAUUUGAUCAGGAUCAUUUCAAAAUGUGCAGCGGUGACGAUUGUUUCAUUUCUUUACAUUAGACAACGAAAUAUCAAAUCCGGUGUCAUUUAUUGCAAAGAAAGAUUGUGAGACACUGUGUUUUCUGAACAUGUUCUACUAAUAUUUCACAAUCCGUGUCACAACACUUAGUUUUUGAGAUUCUUUGAUUGUGAAGCGUGUUGCUAAAGGAAUCUUUCUUUACAAUCAGUGACACUUCAUGUAGUAUUUUACAACGUCUAAUGUCUUUCAGCCAUUUUUAACCCUUGUUCUGCUGAAAAUCCUUGUGUUUCUGGUCAAAAAUGGCUUCCCUUUUGAAAAUGGUUUGUAUUAUACUAUAUUAUCACCAAAUUUUGGAUUUAGUCUUUUUAUCAACUAGUUUUCUUUCAAUCGGCUGCACAGGUUUUGAUUUCUGAUUAAUUGUAGGCCUCAUUGAUCUGAGCUCGUGCACCACAGUUUUUGAGUGAAAACAAAAACAUUAUUUGUGCACAAAUUUAUAAAUUAUAAAAUAUAAGAUUUUUGAGUUUUCUCAGCUUUUUGUUGUAUAAACUUAAUCAUGUUGAGGAAACUCAAAAAUCAGUUGAAGCUGGUUGUCUUAAACUUUUUAACUUUGCUGUAAUAGCGCUGUAAAAAAAUCUAAAGUUGAGCAAACUUAAGUUUAAGGCAACCAGCUUCAGCAGAUUUUUGAGUUUUCUCAAAUUCUUGUUUUAAGUUUAUGAAACAAAAAUUUGAGAAAAAUUUGGCCAAUGUUGACUCUGAUAUUAUUGAGGCCUAAGAUCAAUCAGUUUCAGAAUGAAAUACAAAACCUAUGCUAAUUACAAAAAGAAAAGAAAAAAGGGAAAAUAUUGCUAAAAAGACUAAUGAGAAAUAACAAUGAGAAAUUGAUGUGCAAUUUUUUGUAGUCAUUUUUGACUGAGAAAACCACAAAUGUCAGGAGGUGGAAAUGUAAGGAUUCUAUAUAUCUAUAUCUCUAUCUAUAUCUAUCUAUCUAUCGAGAGAGAGAGAGAGAGAGAGAGAGAGAGAGAGAGAGAGAGAAAUGGGGAAGUGGUUAAACCCUGUGUGAGCAAAGUCAGUAUGUUUUAUUUAAAUACAAUAACAUUAACCAGCAUUUCUGGGGAAAAGAAAGUCCUCUCGGGGUCAAAAUGAGCAGAACAGCAUGAGGAUGAUCAGUCUUGUGAGCAGCAUGAUUUAUUCAGUGUUGUUUCACAAUCAAUGAAUUGUUUCAGAGUUGUGUUCACUAUAAACUGUGACGCUCCAUAAGUGCAAACAUCAUACAGUAAUUCACAGUUUAUGAUGAUGUUUGUUGUAUGAUGACUGUGUGUAUGAAGUGAUGUGAGUCAUAUUUAUAUCAGCAAAAUGCAUGAGUGAUCGAUAUGAAUGUGUAAUGAGGUGAUGGGUAAAGCCGGUCUUAACCACAGUCACUAACAGUCACCACUUUUUUUCUUCUCUUUUUUACUUUUGGAGUUAUAUUUUUGUAUUUAUUGCACUGUGAACUUAAAAUCUGUGAAAGUUCCAAUCUCAAGAGAAAAAAUGAUUUUGCAAUAAAUAAGUGUGCUUAAGCAUCUUCAAGAAGAGGAAGUGAGGGGCGAACACACCCACAGAGGAUCUGGCACCCCACCUCUCACCUCUGGAAAGGUCAGGGAACUGGAACCAAUGUCAUGAUCAAUUCGUCAUUAAUUCCUCUCAAGUGUUGGUGGAAUUGCCAUUUCACACCCUGAUUUUUCUAAUUAAAGACUUUCAAAAAUG